AAAUACCAUCGACCAUUCACAAAUCUAUCUAUUUACAUUGCAAGAUGGCAUCAACAUGUGAGCAAGUUGAGCAAGGCAAAACUUCAUGGCCGGAGCUAGUUGGAGAGACAGGAGAGUGUGCCGCAACCAUAAUAAAGAAUGAAAAUCCAUUGGUUACUACACGAAUUAUAGCAGUAGGAACCAUCAUUCCUAUGAUUUAUAUUUGUGAUAGGGUUCUUAUAUGGAUAAAUGAUGAGAGGAUUACCGUAAGCACCCCUACGAUUGGGUGACGGUAUCAAGGUUGAGAUGUGGUUACAAAGCGACGUAGUUUGGUUCAUUGUGUUGGCUAUUAAAAUAAAGACAAAUGCUUGUACUUGUAUAACAAGUUGAUAUUAUAAUUUAAAUAAAAUCAUGAUCAUCUUUCAU